ACACACACACACUUACAUAGCACACUUGUAAUGAGGUACGUUAGAGACUUCUCAUCGGUUAGUUUUAGUACCGCUAGUGUCAAGACGCGGUCUGUGUUGUGAUAGAAAUUAAGUGGACAAUAUCUGCGUUCUACUAAGCUACUUCACACAUUUGCCAGUAACUCAGCCGUGGAAAUCUUUUGUUUAUUCUAUAAUUGUUGACUGUGAGGCCUGUGUUCAAUUUGAACUAUAGAUCAACUGCUUGUAGCUGGUGUGCUACCUGGGGUAGCUCCUGAUUCUUAGGAUGUCUGUAUCACGUUGAAAACAACCGAACAAAGAGAGGGCUGUAACAAAAACAAAGAGAGUUAAGGAGGGCUGUGUGCGUCUUAAGUUUUGUGAUUUUAACAGGUCGCUACCUGUUGUGUUUCCCCCCCUGAACAAUGGGGCCGAAAUCAGGCAUGCGUGUGUUAAGGCAGGCACUCGGAAAAAGAUGCAGCGUUCCUUAAGGCUAGUGGUUUUGAGUCAGUGACUCGGUGCAUCUUUUGACCAGAGGCGGAGCCCUCUCCCUCGCCUCUCGUUGCGUCACAUUAACUCAUCGCCCCUCAAUGCCUCGAUGGGGGCUGUUGCGUCACAGGCGAUUUGGAUGACGGUGUUGUUCACUCACUGGUGGCGUUUGAGUUUUCUUUAAUUGACUUAGCACUAGGAUGUCUCUCUCAGAGCAGGUUGCGUUCUUCUAGAUUCUCUUAACUUCGCCGUAGGAUGACGGUAGACUGUUAAUGCACACGUGUGUUUGUUUGUAUCUGGACUAUUUGUUUGCCAAACAUGAGGAGAGGAAAGGAAAGAAAUACCAGUGUCUACGCAAAGAUGCUGGGCAAUAUAGCCAGUGACCUUGACUCCCUUCUCUCUGACCUUUGCAUUACCAACAAGGAACCAAGAUCGAAAGAGAAUCCCAGCAAUUCAGGAACAUUACACUCUGCAGACACAUUGGGGAAAGAUUCCUUUUUCUCAUCUGCUGGGAACACCAGUAAAAGGCAAGGAGAUGCAGUCAGUACCAACCACAGCUUGAGUGACAAUGAGCAGGGAGACUCAGUUUCUGUGGACAGUGGCCAUGAGGGCAGGUGCAGGGCAGGGCCUUCACCUUUGGUGUUUGACCCCCAUCACUUUGGUGUCCAGCCUUCUCAUCACUUAGUGAGAGCUGAUGAGUCACAGGGUAUGGAUGACUUUCGACCCAUCAGCACUCUAGAAAGAGUUAUCAAGACCAACUCUAUAUGGCUGUUGUCUUCCCUGAGUAGAGCUGGUGCUGUGCAUCUCUUAAAAGACAGAGACACUGGAAAUUUUAUAGUUCGUAAAUCGAGUCAGUCCAACAACUCUCUAGCAUUGAGUGUCCAGUGUCGACAUGCUGCCCAGUCCACAGUAGAUCACUAUCUCAUAGAAAGUAUAAACACUGGAUUUAGGCUUCACGGCUCACUGCAUUCCUUCCAUUCAAUUCCAGCCUUGAUAGCUUAUUAUAUAGAGAACAUAGAUGAAAUCCCUUAUCAUCUUAGUUUACCAAAAGCUAUCCUGCUUGCCAGGUCGACAAGGGAGUUGGCUUCUUUAGACAUGCUAGGUCAAGAUUUUUGGGUUUCACCUCUGUCACGAAAAUCUCCAUCACCUGAGCCAUUGGCUGGCAUUCUUCAUAAAUCAUCAAGUGAGCCUAUCAAUAUACAGAGGCCAUUCAGGCCUUCCACUCCUGUGAGUGGGAAAAUUCUCCCAAAUACUUUGCCAUCUAAGUCAUCCACUGAUUUCAGUCAAUUUAUGAACAGUCAGGUAGAAAUGGAGCGCUACUUUGAGAGGCAGGGCUUUGACAGUCCAGAUGGCCCACCAGUGAGCCAUUCAACACCAACACCAUCAAGGCAUGCUGACAGAAGUGUACAAGUCAACUCUAGUAGCCCUCAGAUGGACAAAUCUUCUGUCCCUGGGGUUAAAAAAGGCAUAAAGGAUUCUUUUCAGUCUGAUUUGUCUGGUACCUCCACAUCAUUCUGUGCUCAUGACUCUCAUGCUUCAUCCAGUGAAUGCCAUGUGAUAGGGAGUGAUAAGUGCACUUCAGUUUCUAGUCAGUCAUUUCCAAUCAAUCAGCCUCAGCCUUUACCUCCAAGAGGCACUGACAUCUAUCAGUCACAACCAAAGAACAUACCUUUUAUUCAGCAAACUAGCUGCAGUGAUGCAAGCUUGAAAUCACCUUCUUCCGAGAGAAUCAAUGAUGGUAACUGGACAACUCACUCCACAGCAGAGUUAAAAACCAAUCUUUAUUCAAUGACAAACUUAAACAUUCCAGAAAACAGUUACUUCAAAUCCAACCUGUCUGAUAAAUUGAGUGAUUACGAGGAUAUCUGGAGAAGCUCUUGUUCAGAAGCAGACAGGCAGAGCAAGAUACAUGACCCAAGGACUGCACUGGAAGUAAAGCUCAACAACAAUGGAGGUAACUUUGUCAAGAAAAAAGUGUUGAGGAAAACCAUCAAGGAUUCGCCUCCCCUUUCUCUUAAAAUACAAGCAAGCAGAGAUGCAGUAACAGGUGGCAGCACAGGACUGAGUGCUCUUGACCAGGCCAGACAGAUUGCCAGGUCAGACAGUGAGGAAGAGAUUAGACCCCCUCUAAAAAUGGACAACAAAUCAUCCAGUGCAAUGGCAUCAGUAAAUAGUCUUUUGAGGGCUGAACAAAAUCACAGUGUUGAACAUUAUACCAAACAACUCCCUUCUGUUCAUUACAAUCAGAUCACUAGUCCUAACAAAAUCAUCCAAGAAAACAACGGGAAGAAACCUUCUCUGUUACCACUUGGCCACCUUUCACGGCUUAAAUCAUCAUCCGAGUCAUCCCUGGCCACUGCUUCUAGUCCCCUUUAUGCAGAGCCAGUGGAUGCUGUCAAACUGCGAGACAAAAAUGGCAAAGCUAUAAAUAUUCAGGUACGCAGACUGUCAGCGCCAUUGUCUGUUAAUCAAUUGAAAGAUAAACAAACCAAAGCUAGUCACAAGGUCUCCAAACAUCCACAGUUAGAUACUAUCUUGUCACCUGAUGCUCAAGACUGUGUCACUCUUUCACAGAACAAAUUUUCCUUUGAUACUUCAGUCAUCCAAAGUCAGGUCCCACCUGUAAUCACUACUAGACUUUCUCGUAGCAACAGCAUGCGGACUCCUCAUGAAAUGUCCCAGCUGCAGCGUAAACUCAGCUGGAAAGAUAGGUUGAACCGGUUAAAACUUGGAACUAAAGUUUUAACCCACAAUCUGACUCCACCAUCUGCAAUAAGUAUUAGACAAAAAAAUUUGAUGGAUUCUAACCAAAUUGAUGUAGAGUACAGCCAUGAUUUGCCAUCCUCUGGCACAGUGACUAGAAAAUUUCCUACUGAUCAUCUUCAGAUUCAAAGAGCUUCCGGGUUUUCUGAGUCAUCCACUGUCCAGGAUUUAAUUACUUGUGUCCAUCCAGAGCUAACAGUCUGUCCUAUUGCUAGACCAAACAAAGGAUUAGAAAGACGUGACACUGCUCCUCCUUCAGAGUAUGAUAAUCUUCAGGCAUAUAGAGCUUCUACCCACAGCAGCCAGGGAACUGUGUAUUCUCCUCCUUGGGAGUCUGGCACUGCUAACAAACUUAUCAGAGAUCCUCCAGUGGUUCCCCCAGUUAUGCCUCCAGCCAUGGACUUUAAAGAAAGAAUUCAAAGAUGGCAGCAGGCUAACAGUAGCUACGAGGACAACACCCAGAUUUUCAAUUUCUCCAGCACAUAUCAGCAGAGCCACCAGGAACAGAGGCAGGUCGUACAUCACCAACACAGCUGCCAGGAGCAGGUCACAGUCAUUCAGCGCCAACAAAGCCACCAAGAGCAGGUUAGGAUAUUGCAUCAACAGCACAGCUACCAGGAACAGGUUAAAGCUCAGCAUAGGCAGCUUGAGGUUAAAGUUGACUGUCAAACUGAUGGCAGAAAAGACCUGAUGAAUUCCAGCCAGAGACUGCAAGACAGAGGACAAACGCAGCACAACAUUCAUCAAGAAUUGAAAUCCCAGGAAUGUCUGGGAUCACCACAGCUGUCCAACAUCACAGUUCAAUCUACUGACCAGACCUUUACUUCUGCUAACUUGGCUGACAUUUCCUCUUCAACCCACACCUCCCCCCACGUGCUGUCAUCCCAUUGUCCUGAUGUGGUUAACUGUCACAGCUCCCCCAUUGUACUGAGCCACUCAACCAACACUGAAGAUGAGGAUGUUUUGUUUGGUGGUGAAAUGAUGUAUGCAAGUGAAGAUCUGAAGCAAAGUCUGAGGCCUGUACUUAGCCCACAAAGUUCCAUGUCACAAAGCAGCUGUAAAUCUCCAGGAACUAUCAUAAAGGAAUAUAUUUUCAAACUUUCUAAUGAUCAUCGAACAAUAUUUGGAAGUACAAUUGAGAAUUUUAUUCAGUGCACUUUAGAAAGUCUUGAAACCAACCCACAGUAUGUCAUGCGCAAUGUGCGUCAGUUCAUGACAGGAAUCAAGAAUUAUUUGGUGAAACAUGGAGAGGGAGAGCUGGAAGAUCUGAUAGAGAGAGAAAGAAAUAAACUGAGUCCAACAGAAAUUCUCAACAUAGAUGCCAUCAUAGAACAAGCUCUUCAUGUCUGUGUGCUGAAGCCAUUGAAAUUUCACAUUUAUCGUUUGUUUGUGGACAAAUACAAUAACAAUGGUGCUCUUGAACAGCUCUCUCGGAACAUUAAAUAUGCCAGAACAAAAUCUGCUCAGGAUAUUGGGGUUAAGCCUAGCCUGAAGUUACCUGACUUAAAUGACAUGGAAGUCAUUAAAAAAUACCUUGACCUUAUGCAGAAGUCAUACUCUCCUCUCCAAAAACUACAAAAUCUGCUCAAGGCCACUUCAAGGAUCUAUCAAUGUGUCCAAGGUAGACAUCAUCAGAUACCAAGCAGAGGUCCCUCUUCCCUGGGUGCAGAUGAUUUUCUUCCAAUGUUGAUCUAUGUCAUUGUCCACUGUGGACUGGUGUCAGCAGAGAUAGAGGCUGACUUCAUGUGGGGAUUACUUCAACCAUCACUCUUAACUGGGGAGGGGGGAUACUAUCUGACCACUUUGUCCAGUGCUGUCCUCAUAUUGAAAAACUUCCAGGAAACUCACCAGCUGGCACCAGCUCAGAUGGAGGGUAACCUGCCCACCAUCUCAGACAUGCAAGGCUUCUUGAAGAUUGCUAUACCUGAUGAACUUCUUGGCUCCAUAACCUGGAAAACAUUGCCAGUCAGGCCAAACAUGAACAGUAAAGAUGUCUGUGCAAUGGUGGCCCACAAAUUUAAAGUCACAAACCCACAAGAUUAUGGCUUGUAUUUACUGUGUGAUGGACAAGAAAGUCAUUUAGCUGAUACAGACUGUCCCCAGCUAAUCAAGGGAGAUUACCAGGCUUCUGGUAAAACUUGCCACUUUGCAUUCAAGCGGAAUGAUGCUAAUAUAGCAUGGCCGCGACAGCUGAACUAUACACCUAGCAAGCAGCCAGGAUGAUGACUAAAACUUAGGACAUUUUGGAUACUACUUAAAGCCAUUCUGAUAAAAUAAACAUGUACCCUACUUAAUAUUGUGGCACCCAAAGAUUUUUACCAAGUUACAACAUAGUUGUAUGUAAUAUCACUGUCAGUACUUUGUAAGAAAAUGAAAAAAAUAGCAUGUCACAAAGGGAUGUUACCAGAGGAGUUAAAAAGUUACCUACUGCUGCUGCCUGUGUUAUUUUGAUGUAUUACUUAUUACAAUAGCUAAAAGACCCAGUAUUUAUCUACAACUUGUAAACAAUGUCUUUAAAAUCUGUUGCAAUGUGAUAUGGCUGAUAGUCACUCUUGCUAUUUUAAAAUUCAUGUGAUAUAAUAGUAUGUACAUUUGAUUGUGAUUCAAAAGUAUUUGAAUUAUUGUCACCUGUUAUAUAGGUGUGAGUUGUUUUAAUUAAAAGGCGUUUUUAAUAAAAGCUACAAAUACAUUUGA